CCCACGCCCACCAACAACUUUGCCCUGGACGGCGCGGCGGGGACGGUGUACCUGGCGGCCGUCAACCGCCUCUACCAGCUGUCGGGCGCUAACCUGAGCCUGGAGGCCGAGGCGGCCGUGGGCCCGGUGGCCGACAGCCCGCUGUGUCACGCCCCGCAGCUGCCUCAGGCCUCGUGCGAGCACCCGCGGCGCCUCACCGACAACUACAACAAGAUCCUGCAACUGGACCCCGGCCAGGGCCUGGUGGUCGUGUGCGGUUCCAUCUACCAGGGCUUCUGCCAGCUGCGGCGGCGGGGCAACAUCUCGGCGGUGGCCGUGCACUUCCCGCCCGCCGCGCCGCCCGCCGAGCCCGUCACGGUGUUCCCCAGCAUGCUGAACGUGGCGGCCAACCACCCGAACGCGUCCACCGUGGGACUGGUCCUGCCGCCGGCCGCCGGCACCGGGGGCAGCCGCCUGCUGGUGGGCGCCACGUACACGGGCUACGGCAGCGCCUUCUUCCCGCGCAACCGCAGCCUGGAGGACCACCGCUUCGAGAACACGCCCGAGAUCGCCAUCCGCUCCCUGGAUGCGCGCGGCGACCUGGCCAAGCUCUUCACCUUCGACCUCAACCCCUCCGACGAUAACAUUCUCAAGAUCAAGCAGGGCGCCAAGGAGCAGCACAAGCUGGGCUUCGUUCGCGCCUUCCUGCACCCUCCCGACCCGCAGUCCGGCGCCCAGACCUAUGCGUACCUGGCGCUUAACAGCGAGGCACGCGCGGGCGACAAGGAGAGCCAGGCGCGGAGCCUGCUGGCGCGCAUCUGCCUGCCCCGCGGCGCCGGCGGCGACGCCAAGAAGCUCACUGAGUCCUACAUCCAGCUGGGCUUGCAGUGCGCGGGCGGCGCGGGCCGCGGCGACCUCUACAGCCGCCUAGUAUCCGUCUUCCCCGCGCGCGAGCUGCUCUUUGCGGUCUUCGAGCGGCCACAGGGGGCCCCGGCGGCCCGCACGGCUCAGGCCGCGCUCUGUGCCUUUCGCUUCGCCGACGUGCAAGCCGCGAUCCGCGCCGCGCGCACCGCCUGCUUCGUGGAGCCCGCACCCGACGUGGUGGCCGUGCUCGACAGCGUGGUGCAGGGCACCGGGCCGGCCUGCGAGCGCAAACGCAACAUCCAGCUGCAGCCGGAACAGCUGGACUGCGGGGCCGCCCACCUGCAGCCCCCCCUGUCCAUCCUGCAGCCCCUGAAGGCCUCGCCCGUGUUCCGAGCCACGGGCCUCUCCUCCGUGGCUGUGGCCAGCGUGGGCAACUACACGGUGGUCUUCCUGGGCACAGUCAGUGGCCGGCUGCUGAAGGUCAAUCUGAACGAGAGCAUGCAGGUGGUGAGCAGGAAGGCGGUGACGGUGGCCUACGGGGAGCCUGUGCACCACGUCAUGCAGUUUGACCCCACGGACCCCAGUUACCUCUAUCUGAUGACGUCCCACCAGAUGGCCAGGGUGAAAGUCGCCGCGUGUGCUGUGCACACCACCUGCGGGGACUGCGUGGGUGCGGCCGACGCCUACUGCGGCUGGUGUGCCCUGGAGACGAGGUGCACCCUGCAGCAGGACUGCGCCAACUCCAGCCAGCCGCGUUUCUGGACCAGUGCCAGCGAGGGCCCCGGCCGCUGUCCCGCCAUGACCGUCCUGCCGGCUGAGAUCGAUGUGCACCAAGAGUACCCGGGUAUGAUACUGCAGAUCUCAGGGAGCCUGCCCAGCCUCAGCGGCAUGGAGAUGGCCUGUGACUAUGGAAACGACAUCCACACUGUGGCUCGGGUUCCGGGCCCUGCCUUUGGCCACCAGAUCGCCUACUGCAACCUCCUGCCGAGGAACCGGUUCCCGCCCUUCCCACCCCACCAAGACCACGUGACCGUCGAGAUGGCGGUGAGGGUCAACGGGCAGAACAUCGUCAGGGCCAGUUUCACCAUCUACGACUGCGGCCGUGUUGGGCAGGUGUAUCCCCACACAGCCUGCACCAGCUGCCUAUCGGCACAAUGGCCCUGUUUCUGGUGCACCCAGCAGCACUCCUGUGUUUCCAACCAGUCUCGGUGUGAGGCCUCACCAAAUCCCACGAGCCCUCAGGACUGCCCGCAGACCCUGCCCUCAGCCCUGGCUCCCAUGCCCACGGGCAGCUCCCAGAGCAUUCCGGUGCAUCUGGCCAACGCUGCCUUCUUCCAGGGUGCAGCGCUUGAAUGUAGCUUUGGUCAAGAAGAGAUCUUUGAGGCUGUGUGGGUGAAUGAAUCAGCUGUAUGCUGCAGCCAAGUGGUGCUGCACACAACCCAGAAGAGCCAGGUGUUUCCACUCAGCCUCCAACUAAAGGGGCGGCCGGCCCGAUUCCUGGACAGCCCUGACCACAUGACAGUGGAGGUCUAUAACUGCGCCAUGGGCAGCCCCGACUGUUCCCAGUGCCUGGGCCGGGAGGACCUGGGCCACCUGUGUGUGUGGAGUGACGGCUGUCGCCUGCGGGGGACCCUGCAGCCCCUGCCUGACACCUGCCCCGCCCCCGAGAUCCGAGCGAUUGAGCCCCUGAGUGGCCCCUUGGAUGGCGGGACCCUGCUGACCAUCCGCGGCAGGAACCUGGGCCGGCGGCUCAGUGACGUGGUCCGUGGAGUGUGGAUUGGCAGCGUGGCCUGUGAGCCGCUGGCCGACAGAUACACGGUGUCAGAGGAGAUCGUGUGUGCCACGGGGCCAGCCCUGGGGGCGUUCUCGGACGUGGUGACGGUGAACGCCUCCAAGGAGGGCAGGUCACGGGAGCGCUUCUCCUACGUGCUGCCCCUGGUUUACUCCCUGGAGCCUGCCGUGGGCCCCAAGGCAGGGGGCACCAGGAUCACCAUCCACGGCAGCGACCUCCAUGUGGGCUCCGAGCUCCAGGUCCUGGUGAAUGACACGGAGCCCUGCAUGGAGCUGGUGCGCACGGACACCAGCAUCACCUGCACGGUGCCUGGGGGCGCCCUGCCGGCCCCCGUGCCCGUGUGCGUGCGCUUCGAGCGCCGGGGCUGCGUGCGCGGCAACCUCACCUUCUGGUACAAGCGGAACCCAGUCAUCACGGCCAUCAGUCCCCGCCGCAGCCACGUCAGUGGCGGCAGGACCAUCACGGUGGCCGGCGAGCGUUUCCACAUGGUGCAGAAGGUGUCCAUGGCCGUGCACCACAUCGGCCGGGAGCCCACGCUCUGCAAGGUUCUUAACUCCACCCUCAUCACCUGCCCAUCGCCCGGGGCCCUGAGCAACGCGUCAGCCCCCGUGGACUUCCUCCUCAACGGCCGGGCCUACGCCGACGAGGCAGCCGUGGACGAGGAGCUCCUGGACCCCGAGGAGGCCCAGCGGGGCAGCAGGUUCCGCCUGGAUUACCUCCCUGACCCACAGUUCUCCACGGCAAAGAGGGAGAAGUGGAUCAAGCACCACCCCGGGGAGCCCCUCACCCUGGUCAUCCACAAGGAGCAGGACGGCCUGGGCCUCGAGAGCCACGAGUACCGGGUCAAGAUUGGCCAGGUGGCCUGUGACAUCCAGAUCGUCUCCGAGAGAGUCAUCCACUGCUCGGUCAACGAGUCCCUGGGCACAGGCGAGGGGCAGCUGCCCAUCACAAUCCAGGUAGGGAACUUCAACCAGACCAUCGCCACGCUGCAGCUGGGGGGCAGUGAGACCGCCAUCAUCGUGUCCAUUGUCAUCUGUAGUGUCCUGCUGCUGCUCUCCGUGGUUGCCCUGUUUGUCUUCUGCACCAAGAGCCGCCGCGCUGAGCGCUACUGGCAGAAGACACUGCUGCAGAUGGAGGAGAUGGAAUCCCAGAUCCGAGAGGAAAUCCGUAAAGGCUUUGCUGAGCUGCAGACGGACAUGACGGACCUGACCAAGGAGCUGAACCGCAGCCAGGGCAUCCCCUUCCUGGAGUACAAGCACUUUGUGACCCGCACGUUCUUCCCUAAGUGCUCCUCCCUCUAUGAAGAGCGUUACGUCCUGCCCUCCCAGACCCUCAACUCCCCGGGCAGCUCCCUGGUGCAGGAGACCCACCCACUGCUGGGAGAGUGGAAGAUCCCCGAGAGCUGCCGGCCCAACAUGGAAGAGGGCAUCAGCCUGUUCUCCUCGCUGCUCAACAACAAGCACUUCCUCAUUGUUUUCGUCCACGCACUGGAGCAACAGAAGGACUUCGCAGUGCGGGACAGGUGCAGCCUGGCCUCCCUGAUGACGAUUGCGCUCCACGGCAAGCUCGAGUACUAUACGGGCAUCAUGAAGGAGCUGCUGGUGGACCUCAUCGACGCCUCGGCCGCCAAGAACCCCAAGCUCAUGCUGAGGCGCACGGAGUCUGUGGUCGAGAAGAUGCUCACCAACUGGAUGUCCAUCUGCAUGUACAGCUGCCUGAGGGAGACGGUGGGGGAGCCAUUCUUCCUGCUCCUGUGCGCCAUCAAGCAGCAGAUCAACAAGGGCUCCAUCGACGCCAUCACAGGCAAGGCCCGCUACACGCUCAACGAGGAGUGGCUGCUGCGGGAGAACAUCGAGGCCAAGCCCCGGAAUCUGAACGUGUCCUUCCAGGGCUGCGGUAUGGACUCGCUGAGCGUGCGGGCCAUGGACACAGACACGCUGACGCAGGUGAAGGAGAAGAUCCUGGAAGCCUUCUGCAAGAACGUGCCCUACUCCCAGUGGCCGCGUGCCGAGGACGUCGACCUAGAGUGGUUCGCCUCGAGCACGCAGAGCUACAUCCUGCGGGACCUGGACGACACCUCGGUGGUCGAGGAUGGCCGCAAGAAGCUCAACACGCUGGCCCACUACAAGAUCCCUGAAGGUGCCUCCCUGGCCAUGAGCCUCACAGACAAGAAGGACAACACCCUGGGCCGAGUGAAAGACUUGGACACAGAGAAGUAUUUCCAUUUGGUGCUGCCCACGGAUGAGCUGGCAGAACCCAAGAAGUCCCACCGGCAGAGCCACCGCAAGAAGGUGCUACCAGAGAUCUACCUGACCCGCCUGCUGUCCACCAAGGGCACGCUGCAGAAGUUUCUGGAUGACCUGUUCAAGGCCAUUCUGAGUAUCCGUGAAGACAAGCCCCCACUGGCUGUCAAGUACUUCUUUGACUUCCUGGAAGAGCAAGCAGAGAAGAGGGGGAUCUCAGACCCUGACACCCUGCACAUCUGGAAGACCAACAGCCUUCCUCUCCGGUUCUGGGUGAACAUCCUGAAAAACCCACAGUUUGUCUUUGACAUCGAGAAGACAGACCACAUCGAUGCCUGCCUCUCAGUCAUCGCACAGGCCUUCAUCGACGCCUGUUCCAUCUCGGACCUGCAGCUGGGCAAGGACUCACCAACCAACAAGCUGCUCUACGCCAAGGAGAUUCCCGAGUACCGGAAAAUCGUGCAGCGCUACUACAAACAAAUCCAUGACAUGACUCCGCUCAGCGAGCAGGAAAUGAACGCGCACCUGGCAGAGGAGUCACGGAAAUACCAGAAUGAGUUCAACACCAACGUGGCCAUGGCAGAGAUUUAUAAAUACGCCAAGAGGUAUCGCCCACAGAUCAUGAGCGCCCUGGAGGCAAACCCCACAGCCCGGAGGACGCAGCUGCAGCACAAGUUUGAGCAGGUGGUGGCCCUGAUGGAGGACAACAUCUACGAGUGCUACAGCGAGGCCUGA